UCAUGCUGAUGCUUUCUUUUUUGUGAUAAUGUAUAUGAUUCAUCCUUUAAUGGGUAAUCAUAUUAAAAAGUAUUGAAGAUGGAAAGAAAUACAUCACUGUUUUCACUUGAAAGCUGAAAUGCCUGGAGGGCUAACGUCACAGAGCUAUACUUUCAUGCCAUUAGCAGGUUUAAAACGCUGUCUGAUUACACACUCAGCAAGCGGCAGGUUUAUGGCACACAGUUUUUCAAGUAAGUGUGCAAACAACUGGCAACGUGCCUCUUAAAUGUGGCUGGGUUUGGAUUUCAGAAAUAGCAUUUUCAGUAAGAUCCUGACACUUGUAUAUUUUCUCAGUGUUGAAAGGAUUAUAAUGCCAGGAUUAUAUCGGUGUCGGCUUAGCUUUCUGUAAGAAACCCUUUUGCUUCCUGCAAGAGAUCAGUCCCACUCAGCGUUGCAGCCAGCAGUCAGUUUGUCAGAGGAGGUGGAAAAAAGUUCUUUUGGGAAUACGACAUUAUUAAACUUGUCCAAUCCUCAGGACGUCACUAAGAAGACAUUUGCUAAAGCAUGUACUAAGAGCAGAAAGAAGAAUAAUGGUAAACCAAAUUACUGAAAAUGGCAAAGAGCUGUUGCUAAAGGGUAAGUACUUCAUGUUGAUAUUAAUACCUACAAAGGAUUAUAGUGUUCUGAAACUAUCAGUGCAUCUUAACCAAAGAAUAAAAUCAUUGAGCUUUCUGAAAUGCAGGAUUAUUAAAUUGCUAAAUCCUUUGAGUUGUGUAGUAUCGCUCAACUCGAUUGGUAAAGCUGUUCUCUGUUUUUGCAAAGUACACUAGAAGUCUGAUAGUAACUUCACACAUGUUUAUCUAGGGAUAAAUCAAAGAUCUGGGCUUAAUUGUACACUUAAUUCUGUACUCUGGUGCAGCCUCACUGUUGCAUAGGUUGUUGGCUGGGAAAGCUUUGGCUGUUUCUUUCACGCAGAACGCAAUCAAAGGCAGUCUUCAGAAUUGUUUCAGAGGAACUAAUAUAUUAGCAACAACACAGCUUUCUAAUUCGCUUUUUAGUAAAACUGCUUUGUUUGUGUCACUUCUGCAGAGACCAAAGCUGUUGCUGCUGAUGAAUAUGUACGUGGUAUCUGCAGUGUAGUGUGUGAUGAAUUGUAAGAAGCACGCCUUUACUUCUCGGGUAGAAUCCUGUAAACUCAAAACUUCCAUGACAGUGUCAAUUUAACAGUGAAGUAAAUCAUAGUAUUUAGCUCCCUCUUUAAGAAAUGUUCCUUGCCAAACAAUCUUGCAUGAGGAAAACUAACACCACAUAGCUACUGUCUGAGACCAAAGACUUGGUAACUAAGAAUGUGGAAAACUGUGCGCAUGUCACAAGAUGGUGCUUACCCAGGAGACUUCAUGCCUCAGAAUGUAAACUGUCCUCGGGUGAAGCUGGGGCAAGAACUCCCUGGAGUAGCUUUCCGAGGUCACCUCCGCUCUCUUCCAAAACUGAAGGAGACAACAAGCUCUUCCCAUGCAAGUCAUGGCAACCAUAAAGAAAACAGUCCUUUCCUGAAUGCUGCAGAAGCUGUCAAGGGAGGUGAUUACUAUGACAGAAAUCUGGCCUUGUUUGAGGAGGAACUUGAUAUACGACCAAAAGUGUCAUCUCUGCUUGGCAAGUUGGUCAACUACACAAAUCUUACACAAGGCGUUAAGGAACAUGAAGAAGCUGAAAGCACUGAUGGCUCAAAGAAGAAAGUAUCAAAAUCACCCAGCAUGGGCACCCUGAUGGGGGUGUAUUUACCCUGCAUGCAGAAUAUCUUUGGGGUUAUUCUCUUCCUUCGGCUGACUUGGAUGGUAGGAAUGGCUGGAGUGCUUCAGUCCUUCCUGAUUGUGUUACUCUGCUGCUGUUGUACUAUGUUGACAACCAUAUCAAUGAGUGCUAUUGCCACAAAUGGUGUUGUUCCAGCUGGUGGCUCCUAUUUCAUGAUAUCCAGGUCAUUAGGCCCAGAGUUUGGUGGAGCUGUAGGGCUGUGCUUUUAUUUGGGAACAACAUUUGCAGCAGCAAUGUAUAUCCUUGGUGCCAUUGAGAUUUUAUUGACAUAUAUUGUGCCACAAGCAGCAAUUUUUCAUGCAUCCGGUGCCCAUGAUGCAUCCAGUGCUAUGCUAAACAACAUGAGGGUGUAUGGAACCCUAUUCCUCCUCCUGAUGGCAGUGGUGGUCUUUGUAGGCGUGAAAUAUGUUAACAAAUUUGCUUCCCUCUUCUUGGCCUGCGUAGUAGUAUCCAUACUGUCCAUUUAUGCUGGAGCUAUCAAGUCCAUCUUUGAUCCACCUGAAUUUCCGAUUUGCAUGUUGGGUAACAGGACUUUGUCAAGAGAAUAUUUUGAUGUUUGUGCCAAAACCGUAGUUAAGGAUAACAUUACUGUGGCCUCUAAGCUUUGGGAGAUCUUCUGCCACACUACAAACUUAACCACCGAGAACUGUGAUGAAUAUUUCCUAAUGAACAAUGUCUCGGAGAUAGCAGGAAUUCCAGGAGCUGCCAGCGGCAUUUUAAAAGACAAUUUAUGGAGCAAUUACUUGGAGAAAGGAGAGAUACUGGAGAAAGCACAUCACCCGUCUGUGGACGUAGCAGGCCAGAAGAACAACCUUCAUCUGUACGUGCUUUCAGACAUAGCCACUUCAUUCAUGGUGCUGGUGGGCAUCUUCUUCCCUUCAGUGACCGGUAUCAUGGCUGGUUCCAACAGAUCAGGAGACCUCAAAGAUGCACAGAAAUCCAUUCCCAUUGGAACAAUUCUUGCUAUUGUCACCACAUCACUAGUCUACUUCAGUUGUGUCUUAUUAUUUGGAGCCUGCAUAGAAGGUGUAGUCCUGAGAGAUAAGUUCGGCGACGCAGUGAACAAGAACCUCGUGGUGGGCACCCUGUCCUGGCCCUCGCCCUGGGUCAUCGUCAUAGGGUCCUUCUUCUCCACCUGUGGGGCAGGUCUGCAGAGCCUGACCGGAGCCCCCCGCCUGCUGCAGGCCAUAGCCAAGGACAACAUCAUUCCCUUCCUAUGGAUUUUUGGUCACGGAAAAGCGAAUGGUGAACCGACAUGGGCUCUUCUGUUAACAGCAUUAAUUGCUGAGCUGGGGAUCCUUAUUGCUUCCCUUGACAUGGUGGCUCCAAUUCUGUCAAUGUUUUUCCUGAUGUGCUACCUCUUUGUUAAUCUGGCGUGUGCAGUACAAACACUUCUUAGGACUCCAAACUGGCGGCCCCGAUUUAAAUACUAUCAUUGGGCCCUCUCCUUUUUAGGCAUGAGCAUUUGCCUUGCACUGAUGUUCAUUUCAUCUUGGUACUACGCGUUGGUAGCUAUGCUUAUUGCGGGCAUGAUUUACAAAUAUAUUGAAUACCAAGGUGCAGAGAAGGAAUGGGGUGAUGGCAUCCGAGGUCUUUCACUCAGCGCAGCACGAUAUGCCUUACUCAGGCUGGAAGAGGGCCCUCCACACACAAAGAACUGGAGACCUCAGUUGCUGGUGCUUCUGAAACUUGAUGAAGAUCUGCAUGUAAAAUACCCUAGAUUGUUAACGUUUGCCUCCCAGCUGAAAGCUGGCAAAGGUUUGACUAUCAUAGGAUCGGUGAUCCAAGGGAAUUUCUUAGAAACUUACGGAGAAGCCCAGGCUGCUGAACAGACUAUUAAGAAUAUGAUGGACAUUGAGAAGGUGAAAGGAUUUUGUCAGGUGGUUGUAGCCAAUAAAGUUCGAGAAGGAAUCGCCCACUUGAUCCAGUCGUGUGGACUCGGUGGCAUGAAACAUAACACUGUGGUUUUGGGAUGGCCAUAUGGCUGGAGACAAAGUGAAGAUCCAAGGUCAUGGAAGACAUUUAUAGGUACUGUUCGCUGCACAACAGCAGCCCAUCUGGCUCUGCUGGUUCCCAAAAAUGUGUCUUUCUACCCCAGCAACCAUGAGCGUUACAAUGAAGGCAACAUUGAUGUGUGGUGGAUUGUGCAUGAUGGAGGCAUGUUGAUGUUGCUUCCGUUUCUUCUCAAACAGCACAAAGUUUGGAGAAAAUGCAAAAUGAGAAUUUUUACCGUAGCUCAGAUGGAUGAUAACAGCAUCCAGAUGAAGAAGGACUUGGCUACUUUCCUCUAUCAACUCCGAAUAGAGGCAGAGGUAGAAGUGGUAGAAAUGCACAACAGUGAUAUCUCAGCAUAUACGUAUGAGAGAACUCUUAUGAUGGAGCAGAGGUCUCAGAUGCUGAGGCAAAUGAGGCUGACAAAAACAGAGAGGGAAAGGGAGGCUCAGCUGGUAAAGGACAGACAUUCGGUAGCACGUCUGGAGAGCCUCUACUCAGAUGAAGAAGAUGAGGGGGACCCAGUUCCUGAGAACAUCCAGAUGACCUGGACAAAAGAGAAAUGUGAUGCUGAGAAGCGGAACCGAGGCAGUGCUGUGGGAAGCUUCAGAGAUCUCAUCAGCAUUAAGCCGAACCAGUCUAAUGUCCGAAGAAUGCACACAGCGGUGAAGCUAAAUGAAGUCAUUGUAAAUAGAUCCCACGAUGCCAGACUUGUUCUCCUCAACAUGCCUGGUCCUCCAAAGAAUACUGAUGGUGAUGAAAACUACAUGGAGUUUCUUGAAGUCUUGACAGAGGGCCUGGAGAGAGUAUUGCUCGUUAGAGGCGGCGGCCGAGAAGUCAUCACGAUUUACUCCUGAGUCAGUAGGAGCUCCUGAGGCUGGUCUGCGUUCACCUUCUUGGCCAUAACGGACAUUCCACUUUUAAACGGAGAAGAAAAAAGAAAAGGUUUUUUUUUUUGCCUAACUUUCUCCUCAUCCAGUCCUAUUCAUUGUCUUUCCAUUUGCAACAUACAUAUCUUUUGGGAUUGCAAUACUGUUACCCCAUCCAAUUAGCAACAUAAGUUAAUUGUGAAGCUGCCACAUUAUUCAGUUUCUGCUUUGGUACUCCAGCAUUUGUGCAUGUAGUUUAACACUAAACCUAUUUUUAGUCAGCACUGCUCUGUGCAGUAUUUUUAGUAACUGUAUGUAAAGUUAGGACAUGAAAGCCAGUUACUGUAAAAAGAUUUUAAAAGCUUUUUAUAUUAGGUUUGGGGAAUAGAAUUACAUUAUAUAGCAGCUAGUUUCUGCUGAAGUUCAGCUAUAAAGCAUUUUCUAAGAGCACACUAAAUUGUAAGAGAUGGACUGGAAAAGCUUUGUUUUUCUGGGUUUAUUUCCAGAACUAAACUUUCAGUAUUGGAUAAGAAUUUAUACUUUUAAUACAUUUAUUGAUAGAGAUUUAAAUAAAUUAUGUUGAUAUAGUUAAAAUUAUGUAUGUAGCUUGCUACAAAUUGUGUUGCUUCUGAGACUUGAGGUUCUGUGAGGCCAGAUCCCUAUUUAUUUUUGUAUUUAUUUGUCAGAAAUAUUGGAUACGCAGGUGCAGACUGUUCAGGGUAACAGAGAUCUCACAAUAAAUUUUGAAUCAUCAGUGGAUUGAAAGGACCAGUCCUGUGCAGUAUUUCCAUGCUUUAAAUUUCUUGCAGACCAUCCAUCAAAGUACAUUGAGCAUGUUGGAGUCCCGUCUGUAGAGCCAGGUGCUAUGCUGCACGCACAGCCAUGGGAUUGCACUUGCACAAGUACAGGGGACCUGCUGCUUCAUUGUAUGCUUUAUGCCCUUAGAGGAAAAAGAAGAAAAGAAGACCUAUAUUAACCAAUAAGUCUCUGGAGAUUUUAUCAAGCCCAUUGAGUUGUACUUUAUGUACAUAACAUUCGUAUUUUUUCAAUAAAAUGUUGCAUACACUUUCAACCUA